AUGCGAAGGCACCAAGCGCUGCGUUUAGACUCUGAACAGCGAGUAGCUUCAACCCCAGACGGGCGCGCGGCGGGCGCACCGCCCAUACCCACGCGCCAUCCCUGUGUGGCCCCUCGGGCUUCCCUCACGCCGCGCGCCAAGUGCUUCCGGGUCGCGGCGGACGUCGCUUCCGCAGCAGCAUGGCGGCCACGGAGGAAGAGCGGCCGGCGGGGAGCGGUGAGGGAGAGCGGCUGGAUUUCCUGCGAGACCGGCACGUGCGGUUCUUCCAGCGCUGCCUCCAGGUCUUGCCCGAGCGUUAUUCUUCGCUCGAGACCAGCAGGAUCAAAUCUAAAUCGCUGUGGUUUCCGAGGCUCUUCAUACCUGGGUAUUCCAUUCAAUCCGUCAAAGAAUCCUGGAACAGCUCAUCCUUAUGAUAGUGGCCACAUAGCAAUGACCUACACGGGCCUUUCAUGCUUAGUUAUUCUUGGAGACGACUUAAGCCGAGUAAAUAAGGAAGCUUGUUUAGCAGGCUUGAGAGCCCUUCAGCUAGAAGAUGGCAGCUUCUGUGCAGUCCCUGAAGGCAGUGAAAAUGAUAUGCGAUUUGUAUACUGUGCCUCCUGUGUUUGUUAUAUGCUCAACAAUUGGUCUGGCAUGGAUAUGAAAAAAGCCAUCAAUUACAUCAGAAGAAGUAUGUCCUAUGACAAUGGGCUGGCACAGGGAGCUGGACUUGAAUCUCAUGGAGGAUCGACUUUUUGUGGCAUCGCAUCACUGUGUCUGAUGGGUAAACUAGAAGAAGUUUUCUCAGAAAAAGAAUUGAACCGGAUAAAGAGAUGGUGUAUAAUGAGGCAACAAAAUGGUUAUCAUGGAAGACCUAAUAAGCCCGUAGACACCUGUUACUCUUUUUGGGUGGGAGCAACUCUAAAGCUUCUGAAAAUUUUUCAGUACACCAACUUUGAGAAAAAUAGAAAUUACAUCUUAUCAACUCAAGAUCGCCUGGUAGGUGGAUUUGCCAAGUGGCCAGAUAGUCAUCCAGAUGCUUUGCAUGCAUACUUUGGGAUCUGUGGCCUGUCACUAAUGGAGGAAAGUGGAAUUUGUAAAGUUCAUCCUGCCCUGAAUGUAAGCACACGGACUUCUGAACGCCUUCGAGAUCUCCAUCAGAGCUGGAAAACCAAGGACUCUAAACAGUCCCCAGAGAAUGUGCACAUCUCCACAUGACUGACUUCACUUAGCUUGGGAGGGUGGGGGGGAUUUGUAGCAUAACUGUAGCUCAAGGUUAAAAGCCAUGUAUAACCAAGUGUGCUCUUUUUUUAAGAGGUAGUCUCACAAUCAAAUCUUGUGCCGAUGUCACUUUGGAAUAUGGUCUUGAGCCAGUAGCCUUUGUACUGGGUUUCAAGAAAAUCUUUGUUGAAGUUGGAACCACAGUGGACUCUGUUGUGGUUCUUAAAUGUUUAUACUGUAUUUCUAAGAAGUUCUUUGAGGCAAAUUAACUAUAUGUAUGUAGGUUAUCUUUUUAAAAAACUCUUCAGUACAAAUUGUAUCAUACUAUAAAAUGGACACAAAUCUUCAAAACAAGUUUACAGUUCACUUAGCAUUGAUAAUCUUUGGGUGAACACUUAGGGAUCAUUUAAAAAGCUUAAUAGCUGAUGGUAGAAAAUUGCUUUAAUGAAUUAAGUAUCUAGGAUUCUUCUUUGAAAACAGAUGGUUCCAUAAUUUUUAAAAAGAAGAAUGACUUAUUUUGGCUUAUUAAGUGUGCCAGUUAAACUUAUGUGGCCUAUAUAAGUGAAAUUAACUUCAUAGCAAGGAUGAAUAGGCAUAACUAAUACAGUAAUUUUCUAAAAGGACAUUGAUUUAAGAAGACUAUUAUGUGAUUGAGGAAAAAAUAAUUUAACUGUAUAUGAUUAUGAAUGAGAAAGUUUUGUGCUGUGUGGGUCACUUAUUUAGAUGUUGUAAGGGUGAAUAACAGCUGUGUCUGAUUUUUUAAUUUCAUUAGUUGCUUUUUCUUCUUUCUGGGGAGAAAAUAGUCACCUAGAAGGAAAGAGACAUUGAGUGGUUUGGUUUAUUUUUCUGAAAUAUGUGAUAUUGUAAAUUAUACUUGUACUUUUAUAAGGGAGUUAUUUUUAGCCAUUUGGUUUUUUUUAGUUUGUUGUGUCCAAUGUGUUAGUGGUUCUGAUUUCAAAAUGACAAUUUUCUAAUUUUUUCAAAAUAAGUAAAACUCUCAGUAAAAAAAACAAAACUACUAAAGUAAAUUUAAUGGUGCAGCUCCAUACAUGGUCAUUUAUAUUUUUAUAUUUUCAGGUAAAUGGAAGGGAAGUGUUCUGUUAGGUGUUAAAGGGUGUCACUUUUGUUCUUUUUGUUUUGUUUGGUCUGUGAACUAGCUAAUUAUAAAGGAAAUAGUGUAAAAACUCAUCUUCAUUAGUAACCAAUUUAUCAGUAAAUCACAUCCAUCACUGCUGUUGAAUGUCGUUCAGAGAUGUGAGACAAGUACUGAAAUGGAGAAGAAAACCUCUUCACUGCUGGAGCUGGGUUAAAGUUAAAAGGCUUGGUGAUAAUAAAUGUGGAACUAUUCUACAACUCUGAGUGUAAAAACUAAAUUACUAGUAUAAUUGUUUAGGAAUUAUAAUAUAUAAAUUUUAAUUUCUUUACUAAAUUUUAGGGGGAAAUGCCCUUAAAUAAUGAUCCUUCCAAAGGAAAAUCUGGUAUGUGCUUGGGAAAAGAUUCAUUUGUUGUUGGAUCCUUAGUUUUAAAACUCCUCUUGUCAGAGUCAACUUUAUUAUUUUUUUGAUUAGAAAUAAAAUCCGUUUUCUGAU